UGAACCUCGGGGAAAUCUUAGGACUAACGUGACGCCUUUGUCGGAUUAUUAAAGACAUAACAUCGACAAAGGAGGGAAUCGAAAUUCAAUUCACCAUGCCGUCGUUCAACAGCGUUCCAUUUCUGGCAUUGGCGGUACCCUUUCUAUUAAAAUCAGCCCAAUCAGUCAAUGUCUCGUGCGGCUUGCUCGAAGAUGAGACACGAAAAUUCACCGAGUACAACGGCACCAAAACAUACCCCAUCCCGGCCCUGAAAAUCGACGGGUACACCGACGAAGGACACCCAAACAAGCUAUCCGAAGACGACGACAACCAAUGGAACCUCAUCUCGCGGGUGUCACAUCCUUUAGGAUCCAGCAGAGACGCAUGGAACCGCAUCUUUGUCGACACGGGGAACAGCAACACGACUGACAUCAUAGGGUGCAUGGAGAGCACGAGUCUGACCGCAACCACUGGCUUCGCGUUCUCGGAGAAGGUGCUCAGGCGUAGUCUAGAGGACAAGGGAGACUGCAAGACGAUGCUGGGAGAGAAGUGCGUGGAGGCGCUUGAACGCCAGUACCACGACUAUGGCGUGGUUGCCAUGAAGACUUUUUCGUGCAUGAAGCCAAUUUUCAACACUACCAUACCGAAGGAAUGCUCGAACGAGUUAGUGAAUGGUCAAGAAGGAUGGCUGGGGUCGCUGUUUAGGACUGGUGAGUUUCGGAUCUUCACAUCAUGCUCGAAAUUUGCAAUCCACUAACGUCGCGGGCAGGUGUCGGUCUUAACUACAGCAUCGAAGAACGGUGGGUCGAAGCCAAUUGUACAUC